AUGUCGCUCGCAGGCGAACUGGCGGCGCCGGGCGAGGCGUCGGCCCUGGCUCUGGGCCUCGGGGCUCUGGCGCCUGAGUGCGGGCCGGCGGCCAGUGCGUCGGCCGUCAUCCUGCCGGCCUCGCCGAACUGGCACUCCUCCAGCGCGGUGGCCGUGCACCCGCGCCUGCCGCUGGUGCUGCUGGCUUGCAAGGAUGCCGUGGUUCUGGUGGCGCCGGCGACCGGUGGCGGGUGCCCCUCGGGGCCCUCGCCGGCGGACUUCCGCGUGGUGGCCUGGCACAAUAUGAAUGGCUCGGCCGGGGCGCCCAAUCGAUCGAUCGUCCGCGUGACGGCCGUGGCCUUCGCCCAGAGUGCGGCCGGGGCCGCGGGCCCGGGGGCCUUGCUGGAGGACGCCCUGCCGGCGGUGCGGCUGGUGGCCGGCUUGUCGGACAACCGGGUGGCCCUGUUCCAGGUGGCUCGCGGCGCGGCCGGCGGCCCGCACGGCGGCGCACGCUGGGUCCUCCGGCAGGUGGCCCGCCAUGCGGGGCACCGAUCGGCCGGGUCCACCGCCGACGGGGACUCCGGCGGGGUGUCUUCCGAGGGCACGGCCGCUGUGCCGGCCGGCGGGCCGGGCGGCCGGGCGCGCGGGAAUCGCUCCGCCGGCACGGUGCCCCCCUCGUCAGUGACUACGGUCAGCGCGUCGGCCGACUCGCCGUGGGUGGUGUCCGGCGAUGGGCUGGGCCGGGUGGUGGUUUGGCGCCUGCCAUCGGGCGAUGCUUCCGCCGGGCCGGACCCAGUGGCCGGCCUCCUUGACAGCCUUGUCCAGCCUGCCGGGCCGGCGAGCGACCCGGCAGCUCGGCGAUUGCUGGAGCAGUCGCGCUUCCCGGCCCAGACGCACGGCGGGUCCGAGCAGACGGGCUACUGGUCGCGAUUGCAAUUGAUCGGCGCGGCGACGGGCCCGGCGUCGGCCGGCGCCUCCUCCGGGUCGACCGUGCGCGGGGGCGGCAGCGGUGCCCGCGGUCGCGGGCCACGGGCCGCUGUCGGCGGAUCUUCCGGCGGUGUGGCGGCCAUCUGCUCGGAUUGGGCCCCCUUCGCCGUGCCGGUCUUCGCCAUCGGCCACCAAAAUGGCCAGAUCUCCCUUUGCACCGUCCUGCCGGGGGCCCUGCUGGAUGGGAGUGCCCCCUUUGCGGUGGCCAUUUCCGCGCGACUGCGCGACCAUUCGGACGCCGUGCAAACGGUGCGCUUUUCGCCGUUUCCGGUGUCGCCAUUCGCCCCGGGCCCGGGUGCCAGCCCGGAACGCCGGGCAGUUCCGACCGCCGGGGCGUCGCUCGGCCCCGGCGUGGACUCGUGCCCGACCACGCCAGGGGUCGGCGGCCCGGCAGGGACGGCGGCAUCGGUCGGGCCGCUACAGUUGGCCUCAUGUGCCGGGCUGGCACCGGUGCACGCGAGCCUCGGCGUGCCGCUGGUGGAGACGCUCUUCCUGGCCAGUGGCUCGCGCGACCAAACGGUGCGCGUGUGGGCCGUGCAGCCGGGCCUGCUGUCCGGCAUCCGGGCGCCACUGCCGGCGGGUGAUUCGCACCUGCUGGCCCUUGCUACCAGCUGCCUGGUGCGCUUCAAUUACCCGCGCGACUCGACCGGACCCGGGGGCGGCCGCGGCCCGGGGGCAGCCGGGGGCCCAUCCGCCGGCGACUCGGCCCCGGAUGACGGUCGGCAGGCAAGCCGUCUGCGCGCGACGCUGACGUGGUCCGCCCGGCCAGGGGCCCCGGGCCGGGCUUACCAGUGUGUCUGUGCCCUGUCGACCGGGGCGGCCCCAUGUGCCGGGGACCGGCUGGCGCCGAUUCUCCUGUGCGGCUCGGCCAGUGGCGAGCUGUCGGUGUGGGACUUGGGCAUGCCGCUGGUCCGGCUGCCGGGCCCGGCCGGCGGCGAGGCGGCCGCCGACGAGGCGCUCUUCGACAUGCCGCGGUACACGACGGCCGGCGAGUGUGCGGCCUGGCGCCGGCGUUGGCCGGCCGACUUGCUUGCGGCGCCGGUGCUGCAGCAUGCGCCGUGCUCCUUCCGGCCGGCAUCGGCGGGAUCGCCGGACGCCCCGGCCCCGCUCGGGGCUCGUCUCAUCCGACGCCUGACCACCGGCGGCCAUAAUCGCACCAUCUUUGGCCUGGACUUCGGGGGGUUUCCUUCGCCCGGCGUGGGGGCCUCCAUCUCCAUGGAUCGGCAGGUGAUCAUUUGGUCGCUGGCCGACUUGCAGCCGGUGACUCGCAUGCCGACCCUCGGGGCCUUCGGCUGGGCCCUGAGCGUGGCACCGGAGACCGGACCGGCCCCGAGGCAGGUGGCCCUGGCCGUGGGCGAUGGCACGGUGCGGCUGUUUGAUCCGUGCACGGUGGGGCAGCGACGCCUGCUGCCGAGCUCCGGUCCGACCCCCGGCGUCGGGGCGUACGAUGGCUGGCGCUCGGUCUGGCGGCGUCUCAACACCCAGGUGACCGCCUGCCGGCAUGCGCCGGCCAGCGCCGACCCCCACCUGGCCGGGCGGCUGGCAUACGGCCUGGUCGACGGCGGGGUGGGCUUGCUGUCGGCCGGGUCGGCCAGCCCGGCGGUGGUCCCCUCGCCGGGGUUCCACCAGGCCUCCGUGCAGGCGGUGGUCUGGCUGCGGGUGACCGAGCCGGAUGAGGCGCCUGGCGGUGGCGCGGCCGGCGGCGCGGCUCCUGGCCGGUGGUCGCUGGCCUCGCUGGCGGCCGAUGGCCAGGCGCUGCUGCUGCACCGCCUGGCCGGGCCACCCUCGGGUGCCGAGCGCCCCGCCGGGCCGGAGCCGGCCGACGCUCGACCGGCCAAGAAGCGCCGGAAGCGAGGCCCCCCGGGAGAUGCAGCCGAGUCCGGGCCCGGGGCCCCAUCGUCGGACGCCUGGGCCAGCGGCGGGCCAUUUAUGUCGGGCCCGGGGCCGGGCCCGGGCCCGGCCGAUCUGACGGGGGCCGUGCAUGGCGGGCAGGCCGGCCUGCCGGCCGAUGCACGGCCCACCGCACUGGCCGGGUCCCCCUGCGGCCGGGUCCUGGCGGUGGGCUUCUCCAGCGGGCAUGUGUGCCUGUAUGUCCUGAGCGGGGCAUUGGAACAUCGGCUGUUGGCCGCCGGGGCGACCGGGACUGCGGCCCAUCCGCCGGCCGAGGCGUGCCUGGUGCUGACCGGCCACGGUUCGGUCCCCGGGCAGGAGUCCAUCACAUCGGUCGACCUGCUGGAGCACGAUGGGGGCCUCCUGCUGGCCGCGGCCACGGAACGCGGGCGGCUGCACGUCGCCGAGGCGGUCUCGGGCCCGGCCGCCGGGGGGCCGGACUGCCCGGCGGCCGAGCUGUCCUUCGGAGGCUUCGAGUCGCAGCAGCACUCGGAUGCCGGUGUGGCGGUCUGCUGGGCUGCCGGGCCGCCGGAAGCCGUUCGCCAUCCUGGGUACUUGGGAUCCCUGGCCGGGGCACCGGGUGUCCCCGGGCCCGAGGCCACGGUGGCUCGUCUGUUGUCGCUCGCGCAAAAUGGCUCGCUGCAGUUGUGGCACGUGGUGCUCGGGCCCGAGCGGGGCCGCCGGCGGCCGGUCCUCGCGGCCCGGUACCUGCCGGUGCAUUUGGGCCAGGUGCAUGGGGCGGCGGCCAUGCUGCUACCUGGCUCCCGGGGGCUGGUCAUUCUGUCGACCGGCAGCGACCAGACCCUCCGGUCGACGCUGCUGGCCGAUGACCUGGAUCCGAAGCUGCUGUCCGGGCCGCCGGCCGUCUCGCCACCGGGGGACGGCCCGGUGCCCGUGGCGGCGGCCGUGGCGGCCCCAGCGGCGCCGGCGGUCCCAGCCCCAGCAGAGGCAUUCCCCUCGCCCGGACCCGGGGGCCCGAGUCCGGCCAAGCGCCCGCGCGGGGAGGCCCCCGGCCGAGCCGCUGUCAGCCUGGCGCCCGACGCGACACCGGCCGCCAGCCCGGCCACGGGGAGUGACAUGGCUGCCGGCGGGGAGCCGGGCCUGGCGCCCGGGCGCGGGCUCUUCUGGGACCUGCUGGGCCAGGGCCCCGGGCCGGCGCCAGGCCAAGCGUGCCCCUUCAUGCGCCCGCUCCUGCCGAUGGCCCAGUGCCUGGCGCCCGGGGCCGGGCUUCUCGGGCUUCGGCACCCGGCCGGCCCGGCGUGCGGCCGCCAGUGUGGCCUCCUGCCGUUGCUGCUCGCUUCCCCCACGCGAGACCUGCUGGCCCAGCUCCAAGCCUCCGCCCUGGCCAUGCCGGCCGGGAGGGGGCUCCUGGCCGGGGUGUGCCUGCAGGCAUGGCUUGGCCAUGGGCGGCGGGCCCUCGAGCGUGCGUUGGUCGAUGUCGAGGCGACGUGCGCCUGUGCCCGCUGCCGGCACGCAUUGCUGGCCGGGCUGGCGGCCCUGGCCGGGCACUUUGCCCCGGGAGACCUGUCGCGGCGCUAUGCGGCGGCGCUGUGCCGGCCGGCGGGCGCCGGGCGCCGGGCGGCUGCAUGUGCCGCGGACCCGGGCCUCGGCCCGCUUCUCGGGGCCACCUUGGUGCUCGGGGCCGAGGGCAGCGCGGCCGGGGUCCGGGCCCUGGCCGAGGCCGGGCUGUGGGGCUUGGCGGUGGCCCUGGGCCGGGUCAACCUGCCGGCGGCUGGCAGCCUGGACGCCAGUGCGGCCGGGCCCCGGGGCCUCCUCCUCCAAGAGGUCCUCCACGCCGGUGCCCUGUCGGCCGCAUCGCCCGCACACCCGGCCGGGCCAUGUGCCGGCCCGCUCCUGAGCCGCUUCAGCCGGCUGGAUGGUCCUCUUCGGACCGGCACCUCGGCGCCGGCGGCUCUGGAGAGUGUCUUCGGCCCGCCGGAGUCCGGUGGUUUGGUGCCCACGGCGGAUGUGUCCCCGGUGGAGGGCCUGUUCCUGCGACUGGACGCCUGCCUGUUCCUGCUGGGCGAUGAGACGCUCCCGCUGUCGGAGACGCAUGGCGGCGCGACUAUUCCGGUCUCCGAGCGCCGGAACACCUUUGCCCGGUUGGCGGGCGCGGCUGCGGAGGUUGCCGCCCGGCUGGGCGCCAGAGCCAUGCACCCCCUCGGGGCGUAUGGCACGGGCGGCGACCCGCCGGGGGACGGCGCCCUGGCCGGCCGACUGCUAUACCGUGCCGGGCUGCUUCUUCAGCCGGAUGGCGCGAUCGUGGCCGAGGCGCCGGCCGAAGGGGGCCUGGCCGAGUGGGUCACGCGCAUCUGCGAGCUCUUGUCACGCCAGGAGUCCACAUGAUCUCAAUCCCGAAAUAGUCCACGC